UGAACGGUUAUUAAAGCGGCUGGGUUCGGGAUCAGUAUUAUCGGCUUCUGUUCGGAGAUGGACGUGGAUUUUCUGUUGCACUUUGCAAACUUUAGCACAUUUAUUGUGUGCGCGGUGCUGAAAAUGCCGCAGAUGCUGAUGCUGGUGCGCGCGAAGGCAACCACAGGGUUGAGCUUGCACAGCCUGCUGCUGGAACUAACAGGGUUUAUAGUGUUCGUCUCCUAUCAGAUGUACUACAAUUAUCCUCCUCCUACAUACCUGGAGUAUCCCAUCCUCAUCACACAAGAUGUUAUCCUGCUGCUUCUAAUACUGCACUACAAUGGAAAGAUGAAGCAGAGCAUCAUCUAUGCAGCAGUGUUUGUAGGUGGAUGGAAACUUCUCACUGUGGAGAAAUGGGUUCUUGAUAUGGCCAUGAGUGUGUGUACAUUGAUCAGUGCAGGGAGUAAACUGUUACAGCUUCAGUGUUUGUGGAGAUCGAAGGAUUCUGCACAGGUCAGCACAUUAACCUGGGCUUUAGCAGCUUACACAUGUAUGGCAAGGAUCUUUACAACUAUGGUGACAACUGGAGACACUCAAGUGCUGAUCCGGUUCAUAGCAAUGACUGUUCUAAAUGUGUGGGUGACAGCUACAGUGAUCUACUACAAACCAAGCGCCAAGAAACGUGACUGAGACCUCACACCAUGGGGCCAACAUUACAUUGUGUCAUACAGAACCAUUGGGUACUACACACUGCUUUUGGGUGCAGUUUAGUAUGAGUAGUGUAUGCUAUGCAUAUCAAACAUGUUUUGUGCUCCAACACACCAGAUCAGUUCCUAUACACUCUUC